GCAUUAGUGAUGGACAGCGGCUGAAAAGGGACUUUGUGUCUUUAAGAUCUGCUGGCUCUGGGAGCUGGGGGUCUGUCUAUUGUUGGUCAGACAAAAGCUUGAGUCAGAUUCAUAUAGCAGUGGUGGGGAAUAACUUCUCAUAUCUUCAAAUCACAGUCACAAAGCCGCCAAGCUAAACCUCAAUAACCCCAUACCUCUCUCUGAACAUGGGUAAGUGGUCAUCUAAUGAGUUUUUAAUAUUUUCUAUGAAUAUCUUAAUAGUAAAAGUCUGUGGAAUAUGAUUAAUCUACUUUUGAAAUAUAUAUAUAUAUAUAUAUAUAUAUAUAUAUAUAUAUAUAUAUAUAUAUAUAUAUAUUAGAAAAUAUAUGUGAUGCUUCACUUGAGAAUAAUAUUAAUAAUAUGAAGGAUUGAUUAAUAUUGUGAUAAUUGCUGGUUUUAUCGCAAGUUGACUGUAUGAUUGUCUGAUUGUAAUGUCCACAUGUGGGUACCUCAUGGGUUAUUCAUAUCAUAACACAACAUUGGUAAUAUUGCAACAGUAGAAGCUGGCUGGGACUGGUACCAUGACUGGUACCAUUGCUCAAAUAUUAUUCCAGGUUACACAUAGAUAAUAUUGUAGACUAAAUAGUCCAUUUUGAACGUUUUAGAUAAGCUAAGCUUAUUGAAACUCAUUACUCAAACUUGUUAUUGAAAUUCCUUGAACAUAAAUGUUAUUCAAAUCAAUUCAGGAUCAUCAUCUAAUCAAUGAUGUUAAAAUAAAAACAAACCACCUCUCACACAGCUAAUAUCUGUAAAAUAUUUUCUAAAAGGUGGAUUGAACUCAUUGGGGUUCAGAGAGACAGAGGACCAGCGCAGGCUGCUGUCAGGGAGAGGUCAUGCGAGGUCGAUCAUGUCAAAGGCUCUCACACUUCCACUCUUGUCCAGGGCAUAAUUAGCAAAUUUGCAUGGAAUCCUUUGUUACACGCCGUCCGUUUGACUCUGGAGUCAGUUUAAGUCGACCAACUAUUUUAAGUCGAUCAACUAUUCCUCCUUCAUUACUAUUUCUUCAAACAAAAUAGUUACUCUGCACUACAGUUUAUACAGAUUUAGCAUGAUUUAAGGACUUGGUUUGGUAUGAUCCUUCAGUGCAUGCCAGUGGUAUCUCUGCUGGGAUUUUAUUCAUAGGUUAUCAUGGCAUUUCAAAGCACAGCUGAAGAGGGGGCGUCUGCAGCCAAUGUAAUUUCCAGGGACUCAAACAACUUCCCAGCUGUUGCUGUUUUUCUUUAAAUGGCAGUUUAUUUCAUUCAUAUACUUUGUUCCUUCCUACCCACUAAAAUCACAGAAACCAUAAGAUUACAGGAACGUUUAGUCAGUGUGCAACAGUUGCUUCAGCUCAGUCAUCUAUUAUGUAUGAUCAUGACAGUGUUUGCCAUUCCCGAAUGGGGUUUGUAGAUAAUACAACUUUGAUGAGCGACUUAGUUGUUGUUGUAAAGAUAUUUCAGUUCCCCCCACCCAUUCAUUGUGCUUCCUCCCACCCUUGAACAGUUGAACCGCAGUCCCCACCCCCUACUGACAUAGACACUCAUUCGGUGCCAUGGUACAAGUCCCAACCAGCUGUAGCUGUGGGCUGGGCUGGGCGAAUAGUAAUGAUGUUGCCAGCGGUACUGUGAGAAUCCUGGUGGUGGAGAUACUCCCCUGACCCCCGCCCCACCUGCCCAGGCGCCCAUGGCUUGUUUAUUAGAUUGUUGGGUUGUGUGUGUGUGUGUGUGUGUGUUUGUUUUGUGUGUGUGAGGUGGUGCUAGUGUGGUCUUUGUUUGUUUGACAUUGCUGGCCUUUGUUCUCCUCCACUCCUAGCUAAGACAAAGGGCACUGUGUCUCCACAAAGACAGGCUCUCUCUAUAGGCCCCUGGAGCCCAUCCUUCAGUGCCCUCUCCUCUCUCUCCUCUCUUGGUGACGCCUGUGGUGGCGGGUGGUGGUGAAAGAGGGUUGGACUCUGGAGAGUAGAGGGGCUGAACUGUGAGGCGUUGGCAGGAGCUGAGGAGCUUUUACACACGGAUGAAACCAGUGCAGAGAGCUGUUUUUUAGUUGCAAUAUCCUGCAGAAGAGCCUUUAGCAUCACUGGUUCAUAAACCCUUUGCUUGUUGUUGAGGAGCACAAGAACGAAAGCAGCAAAUGUUUCCGGUCAGACAGCCUUGGCUUUGCAAAGCCCUAGGUGCAUCUCUCUCUCUGAUUCCUAUACCAAUACAGCCAUUAACAGUCUGGAUGUUUCCUAUCUGCUUCCCCAGCACAGCUUACAUUGGAGGAAGUGUAUGAGAGUGCUGUGAAGUCAUGGGCGCUUUAACGUUACUUUGUUGGAUACGCUGCUCUGCUGCACUUGGUUUCGCUGUUGUGUUUCGCUAAAAUGUUUCUGUUGCUUUCAUUUCUGUUGAUGGAAGUUGUUGGUGGAUGUUGAUGGAUUUUCGGCAGAAACAGUGGGGUCUUUCUUUUCAACAGCUCCCCAAGUAGGGUGACUGACAGGUGUCUGGACUGUGGCGUAGAUGUGCUGUGUGUUGGUGUGUGCGGUGUGUGCCGCCUGUGUGUUGAUGUAUUAUGCCCCCUCACCAGGUUGUUAUGAUUCCUGUAUCCGCUGCCUGGGGGCAGUGCCCUACCCGUCCCUGGUGGCCACUCUGCUCUGCUUCACCGGCAUGGCGCUGUUCUGUGGCUGCGGGCACGAGGCACUGGCCAACACCGAGGUGCUCGCCGAGACUUACUUCGCUCGUAACAUACAAGACUACGUUGUCCUGGCGUCGUUGUGAGUGGUCCUUUUAAUUGAUGAGUAUAAUUUUUUCUUCCUAGUAAGUGUUUGUAUUUGUAGAUAGGUUGUGCAAAUCAAGCAACAGAAAUGUAAAGACUCUUACAGGAGUAGUAGUAGUAGUAGUAGUAGUAGUAGUAAUAGUGGUAGUAGUAGUAGUAGUAGUAGUAGUAGUAGUAGUAGUACCCCUUCCUUUAGGUAGGUUGAGAGCAGCCACCUCUCAACAGCACAUUUUGUCACCAUGGAUCUCUGACCUUUCCUUAUUAUGACCUGUCCUUGUCUCCCAGUAUCAAGUACUUCCAGUACGUGAUCUAUGGCCUGGCCUCUUUCUUCUUCCUUUACUGCAUCCUGCUGCUGGCCGAGGGAUUCUACACUACCAGCGCCGUCAAGCAGACCUUCGGAGAGUUCCGGAGCACCAGAUGUGGCCGCUGCCUUAGUCUGACGGUGAGUGGGGGGGGGGGGGGGGGGGGGGAUGACGGCACCUCGCUGUUAGGUUGCUAAAAUAAUAUUGACACUAUAGCCUACUGUACUCUAGCUUCUAAUCCACCCACAGCAAUGGAGGUUGAAAAACAAUCCAUAAACAAUUCAUAGAGUAGUUAAUUAUCCAUCAGUUAAUUAUCCAUGAAUCCCUCAUGUAUUAUGCUUCGGGGAUAUUAGGCUCAUGUUAGAGUAUUUACCCUCUGUGGUGGUGUAUUUCUGCAGUAAUUAGGCCUCAUGGGACAUGUUGCGUCACAUCCUGAUUCCCUGGAGUUUGACCAAUAACUUCCUGUGACCUCCUGCUCUGCUUCCUGCUCCACAGUUCAUCAUAGUGACAUACAUCCUGGCAGUGAUCUGGCUGGCGGUGUUUGCCUUUACAGCCAUACCCGUCUUCUUCUUCUUCAACAUGGCACAGACCUGCCAUACCAUCAACAUCCUGGCUGAGACGACACCCAGCAUCAACCAGCAUGGCUGGAUCUGCAUGGAUGCCCGGCAGUAUGGUACGUUUAGCUUAUGAUGGGCCCAGCCGUGCCACCUUAUGUUAUUUUCUUUUUAAUUCAUUUUUUACAUUUGAAAUGUACUGUAUUUCAUUUCACAUUAAUGAGACAAGCUUCGCUUUAGGACUACUGCCUUGGAAUGCAAUGCCAGGGAAGGUUUGUGGAAUGACCUUGGCAUCCAUUUGCAAAACAAAAGAGGUGAGUUGGUGGUAGCUCUGUCUGACAGUAAAACUACUUUGAAAGAAUGAGUAUGUUCCUGGAUUAUGUAACCUUUAAACACACAAAACACACAGCUAAAUGAUCAUUCUGCAUAGCAAAUCAAUGUACAGUACAUGCACUCUAUAAGACCCCUUUUUAUAAUGUGUACUAAUGAUUUUGAUCAUAUUUGCUUGUUUUGUCUCUGCAGUUCUUCAUCACCUACGACCUGUACAUCGCUGCCUUUGCUGGUGCAGGGAUCGCUCUCUUGGCUCUGGUGAGUAGAAUGUCCACUCAGAGACUGAUGAGUCUAUGGGGUCUGUCAACCUCUUGGUUUAAGUUCAGAGUAUGAUUUGAUGGUAACACUUUAUAAUAGCUAUCCUUUAUAAACCAUUUAUAAAUCAUUAGUAAAUAAAUAAACUAUUAGCAAAUUAUUAAUAGUUAAUUUUCUGUAUAUUACUAGUAACUAUAGUAGUUAAACAUUACAAAAAGCAUUAUGUUUAACUAAUGUAGUUACUAAUUAUGUACUAAUCAUUUAAAAAGAUUUAUAAAUCAUUUGAUAAUAUUUAGUUCAUCAUUUAUAAAUGGCUUAUAAAGGAUAGUUAUUAUAAAGUGUUACUGACUUGAUUUUGCAGCUCCAUUUGGCUUAGUUUAAGGCAAAUACCAAAGAGGUAUGCGGUUAAUUUGAGGCUCUUUGGCAGAGAAGAAUAAUAACAGAGAAAUAUAAAAAGUUAUCAUACUGUCCAUCAGCACAGUAGCUGUCUUUAUUAAUUUCAACAAUGAUUAAGAUGACAAGACCAGCCAGGUCAUAAGAGAAAAGCUCACCAAUAGAGAACAGACUUAUAUAGGCCUACUGUAGGGGCAUACAGUGGAAGUGAUCAAUGUGUGCACAAAGAGAGAUCAGCUUGUGAGGCUAUUGAAUAAUUGUGUAAUCUGAAUGAAGCUGCACUUUUGGGAAAACAUUUUUUGGAGUAUUAUUUUUAUUUUUAUAUAGUUUCUCUUUUGUCCCACUCUUCAUCUUUCUCUCUAGUUUAUGUAUGUGGUAGCCACCACAUAUAACUAUGCAGUCCUGCGGUUCCUGGGCAGGAAAGGGCUACGCUGUUAAAAACUGUGCCCUUUCACAUCUCCAUCACCCCAUAGACUGGGCCUGAGGGGGGCAGUUACACAUCACACCACUGAACUCCAUCCAUCCCCUGUGAGACACACCUGCAACCUGGAUCCCCUACCUACUGCUGGCUGCUUCCCUGAAGGGCUCCAAUUACUGACACAUGGUUCAUCUGACCAUCUGGUUUAUCACCUCAGCCUAGCCUCAGAGCCAUACGAAACAUACUUGUAUUUCUGAGCACCUCCAAGGCGUAUGAUACCUACUAAUUGUCUAGUUACUUUAGACAGAAACGAAAGUAGGGAGGUUGGUCGAGGAGGAUGGGUCGGCGUAAUCCGUGACUCUAUGAUAUUGUAGGACCGCUAUUCCAUUCAUAAUGUAACGUAAUGUAACGUAAUAUAUCAUACUAAAUGGAGUGUCACUGAUUUACGUACAGAAUAAUACAGAUUGCCUUAAGACCACAUUGGGUUGUUAUAACUAAGCCCCUCCCCCUGCUCACCAGUCUUAUACCUUUGGUUCUCAGUCCAGGAGGAUGACUCUCUGAUGUCUGUUGCUAAUUUUCACAUUGGAUGUAGCGUCUCUGGUUUUGGUUCACACAUUUUUUAUAAAGUGUCAGAUUGUGGUCUCUAUAUAGCUCUCUAAAUCUGAAUGACUUGGAGAGAUGGCUGCUCUCAAUGCUAAUCAGAACUAAGAAACCGACCCCAGUCGCCUUGCUUACUGAUAUGUAUAUAGAUUGUGAACAUGAUCUAGCUGCUGUUGCUUUAGAUUGUGUUAGUAAAUGAGCUGUCCAUUACUGUAACUAGAGCAAACAGCGGAAUGUGCCAAAGUUCUCUACAACGCUCAAGUGAAAUGUGGGAGUGUAAUGUGGGAGUCUCUCUUGUCUAAGUGUGUCAAAGCACUUAAGGCAGCUUUUUUGCACUCACUCUUGAUGUAGUACCUAUUUUUGUCCUUUUGACUGAUUACUGUGUGUGGGGUGCAAGGAAACCCAAUUCAAUGGAGGUGCUAAAGGUGUAAGCUAAAUAUGAUACUCCGUUUUCAUUCUCCAUAUUUAUUAAUGCUCUCUGCUUUUACAUUUACAUUACAUUUUAGUCAUUUAGCAGACGCUCUUAUCCAGAGCGACUU